AUGAGUGGUUGGUUGAGGGGACUGGGAGCGGCAGUGGUAGUGUUGCAGUUGGUUGAGGGGAGUGGGAGCGGCAGUGGUAGUGUUGCAGUUGAGGGGACUGGGAGCGGCAGUGGUAGUGUUGCAGUUGAGGGGAGUGGGAGCGGCAGUGGUAGUGUUGCAGUUGAGGGGACUGGGAGCGGCAGUGGUAGUGUUGCAGUUGAGGGGACUGGGAGCGGCAGUGGUAGUGUUGCAGUUGGUGAGCUGAGGGGACUGGGAGGGACAGGGGAAGAUGAGUGGACUGUUGGACUUUCUAUCGAGAGCGCAGUGGGGGAGGAGGGAAUUGCCAUCCCGAUGGAUGUCAAGAGUCGUGCCGGUUUUUCCUCUACUUCCUCCCAUGCCGCCUCUCUUCCCCGUGUAGAGCAGCACAGCUCCGGUCGAGAGCUUUCAGCCAGCUCCCCUAAUUCAUCAUCCCCCGCCGUCAUCCCUUACAUCAUCGUCCCCGUCACCCUCGUCAUUGUCGUCAUCUGCGUCAUGAUCUACUUCCGCAUCCGGCCGUUCCACAGGAUGAUCAGUGAGGUGACUACUCCCUCCCCUCCGUACUCCGCCAUCGCCGCCGUCAUCGUUGCCAUCAUCGUCGCCAUCAUCAUUUUCAUAUUGAUUGAUGGCUUGUGGCUUAUGCAUCGUAAACACGCAGACGAUGGUGCUUGCAAUAAGGAGUUUGAGAACGGAUGCAAAAUCUGCGCCUAA